AUGCCAUCGCCAUCAGGAUCGCUCUCACGCUCGCGAUCAUGGUCCCGUGACGACCUGCCUCGUUCGCGCAGCCGCUCUCGUCGCUCGCGCUCGUACCGGUCGCGAUCCAGAAGCAGGUCUCAAUCCAUUUCGCGCCGUCGCUCUCCACCACGUCGCAAUGGCCGGGAUCGCAACAGCCGGAGCCGUACUCGGAGCCGAAGUCGAAGCCGCAGCUAUGACAGGGACGAUGAUAGGAUGCGAAGCCUGAGCCGUGGUCGCAGUCGCUCCCGCAGCGAGAGCCCGCUUAGGAGUACAAAGAUUGUUGUCGAGCGAUUGACCAAGAAUGUGACUGAGGAUCAUUUGCGCGAAAUCUUUGGUCAAUACGGUGACAUUGACGACAUGGACGUGCCUCUGAGCCGACAAUAUGGUACCAAUCGCGGAGCUGCCUACAUCCUCUACGUGAACGAGACCGACGCUGAAUCCGCCAUUGCACAUAUGCACGAAGCACAACUGGAUGGUGCCACCAUCAGCGUCUCGAUAGUCCUGCCGCGCCGAAAGUUCUCUGCCCCGCCACCAACAGCUACCCGUGGAGCCAACUUCGACCCUAGGCUUCCGCCUCCAGGUCGUGGCCCCCGAGGCCCCCGUGGCCCGCCAGGUUUCGAUGGUGGUCCACGUGGUCGAGGCCCACGGGGAGGCGGCCGAUAUGGUCGUGGUGCGCCUCCAUCUGACACUUGGCGGCCGCGGUCCAUUUCAAGAUCAAGAUCUAGAUCCAGGUCCCCUGCCGCCUCCACAAGGGGUGGACGAUACCGCGCACGAUCGCCAUCCUACUCGCGCAGCAGGUCGCGCAGCUCACCACCAUCGCGGCGCGGCAGAGGCAGGCGGUACGAGGACGACUACAACCGGCGGCGUAGUCCUAGUCGCGAAAGCUAUGAGAGCUAUGGUGGCCACCGAGCAGGCAGAAGCCGUUCAAGAGACCGAAGGAGCCAUCGUUGA